CGGCGUCUCCUAAGGAAAGUUACAAAGUCACCACAUAAAAUAAUGACACAUCAGAUGUUGUGCGUGCAUCCCAAAAAUAAAUGCAUUGCUACUAGCUGAUUUAAUUUUCAGUAAUUCAAUAAGGAAACAACACUAGCAUUAUGGCAUCCAGACGGGGGGACGUUCCAGCCUUGGAGUCGGGUAUGUCUGAGGGGCUGCUGGGUGGAGUAUCUCUCCCCAUCAGAAUUGUCCGGCAUGCCAUCAGCUACGACGAUGCCCUGGAUGCACCAAUCGGCUCCCCUCCAUCAGACAUGAUCGUUAACAUCCUUUGGGAGAAGCCUGUCAUUCCGGAGAGAAGGUUCCGUCGUCUGGUGGAGGAGCCUGACCCAGAUCAUUUCCUGAGUCACACCGAUCCCUUUCAUACCAACGCUGCAAAGCCUUCGGUUACCGCGGUGAAGGCCAAAGCCUCGUCUGGGAUCAUAAGCUCCCUUAUGACUAAGCAGACCCAAGAAAGCAUCCAGAGGUUUGAGCAGCAUGCUGGACUGACGGACGCUAGCUACACCCCACACAAGGGCCUGAUGGCAGAUGAGACGCGCUAUCACCGUAUGUCUGACGUGUCAAAUAAGCUGAAAGUGCCAGGUGGGGACCCCAAGGAGGACAAGCAGGGAGCGUCAGCACCAUCCACCCCCUCUGUUACCCCGAGCAUCACCCCCAGUGUGACCCCCCACGCCUCCCCCAGACUCAAUCACAGGAGCUGGUUCUCCCAGAGCUCCGUGGCGCUUCUUGGUGAUUCAGAAUUUAGGAGCUCCAUCGACAGCGCUGAUAUGGGCGGCAACGAGGGUGGAGGAGGCGUGGAGCGCUGGGGACUCUUUUCGACACGCACCACAGUGCAAAAGUCCUCCACUGAUCCAGGGACCCUGAAUCUGCAGGCCUAUCAGGGAGAGAGGACCACCAUCCCCAUCGAGGAGAUGAAGACCCAAGUCACCCGCAUGGUUGAGGACUCCAUCAGCCUCAGAGCCCCUAAACUGGAGAUCCCUACCUUGGAUGCAGUGAGACAGGUGCCCCGGCCACACAAACUCAAACCCAGAGAUAUAAAUGCCCUCACUCCUUCUGGCUUCUGAAGUCCCCAUCUUCCUCCUUGAAUGUGACCUCGUUACAGCUGGUCUGCCUUGUUUUUCAUCCACUGAAAAGUGCACUGAACUUGGGUCCCACAAUCCUCCUGUUAUGGUGCCAAUUGUUGGGUACUGCAAAGUCCGGGAAAUUAAAUGAACUAAAGUUUAGUUUAUAUAUAUGAUUUUCCCCACUUCUUUGUUAAUAAAGAUCAGUGCCGUACAAAUGCAAUAGCUGGAGCCACUUUUUAAUAUGUAUGUGUGUGUGUAUAUAUAUAUAUUUUAGUGCAUGUUAUGCUGUAUUUACCCCCCCUAACCACCUGACAAUUUCUGUUGAUUUGAGUGGUUGUGAGAUUGAUAUUGUGAUGAGAAAACAUUCUCAGGUCUGUGUAAAAACUGUAAAGACAAUAUACUUGUCUGUGCCAACGCAUUAAAACAUGGAACACUAUUGUAACGCAUAAUUAGCAUUUGCCUUUUCCUGUCUUAGCGUUGCGGCUGACAUACAUUUCAUAAUGGAGUUCUUUUGGUUGAUAUCAGUUUUUUUUCUUUUUUUUUUAAUUUGUUGCUGGGAU